UUCACCCGCCCCGUUAAAACCACGCGGUGGUGAGUGGUGAGUAGUCCUACUACCAUCACACUGACACCACAGUCCACUGCCAACUCCUCCGAUGAAGAUGAGCUCAUCAUCCGUGCCCGCGGCGGCGGCGGUGGCGGCGGUGCUGCUGCUCUCGGCGGUGUGGACGACGACGACUGUGACGGGGCAGGCGCUGGUGCCGGGCGUGAUGAUCUUCGGCGACUCGGUGGUGGACGCCGGCAACAACAACCGGCUGGCCACGCUGGUGCGCGCCGACUUCCCGCCCUACGGCCGCGACUUCCCGGCGACGCACGCGCCCACGGGACGCUUCUGCAACGGCAAGCUCGCCACGGACUACACCGUGGAGAGCCUGGGGCUGAGCUCGUACCCGCCGGCGUACCUGAGCGAGGAGGCGCAGAGCAACAACAAGAGCCUCCUCCACGGCGCCAACUUCGCGUCCGGCGCCGCCGGCUACCUCGACGCCACCGCCGGCCUCUACGGCGCCAUCUCGCUGAGGCGUCAGGCGGAGUACUUCCGGGAGUACCAGUCGCGGGUGGCGGCGUCGGCCGGCGAGCGGCGCGCCCGGGAGCUGACGUCCGGGUCCAUCUACGUGGUGAGCGCCGGCACCAGCGACUACGUGCAGAACUACUACGUGAACCCGAUGCUGAGCGCCGCCUACACGCCCGACCAGUUCGCCGACGCGCUCAUGCCGCCCUUCACCUCCUUCGUCGAGGGCCUGUAUAGUCUGGGCGCCCGUCGGAUCGGCGUGACGUCGCUGCCGCCGAUGGGGUGCCUCCCGGCGUCCGUGACCCUGUUCGGCGGCGGGAACACAGGCUGCGUGGAGCGCCUCAACAACGACUCCCUCACCUUCAACCGGAAGCUCGGCGUGGCCGCGGACGCCGUGAAGCGCCGGCACUCGGACCUCAAGCUCGUCGUCUUCGACAUCUACCAGCCGCUCCUCGACCUCGUCCAAAACCCCACCAGCGCCGGGUUCUUCGAGUCCCGGCGGGCGUGCUGCGGCACGGGCACGAUCGAGACGUCCGUGCUGUGCCACCAGGGCGCGCCGGGGACGUGCACCAACGCCACGGGCUACGUCUUCUGGGACGGCUUCCACCCCACGGACGCCGCCAACAGGGUGCUCGCCGACGCGCUCCUCCUGCAGGGCCUCCAGCUCAUCGCGUGAGCCACGCAACGCAACGGCCUCCCGCUGCUGCUUCUGUCCUUCUGUCCUGCUACUGUGUGCUUGUCGGUCUGUGUUUGCUGUCUGCCCAUGAUCUCCUGUAGUUUUGUGAUGCUUGGAAAAAGUUGGACUGCUGUAAGAGGGUGCCGCUCUGUAUAAUUACAUUCCACGACUUCCAAAUC